UAGAAAAUGAAUAAUUACCUCAGAAGGUGGGCGACCGCUUUUGUACUUCUUGGCACAGUAGGGGUCGGCCUCCAGUACCCUCUCAGCUCCAUCAUUCUUGCCCAGAUAGUCAUGCAUCUGGGUAUAUUUGAGUAUAGGCAGAUUGCUAAGAACAUUGUGAUCCUGGCUAUUCCAUCGGUAGUUGAACUUCGAAAAUCAGUGUUUAACAAGACAAAGAAAGAAGCAGGAGUUAAUGUAGAAUAUAUCCUUGAAUACAACAUUCAUUUUCAGUGAGGAUGGCUGCUUGCAACCAUUUAUUUCUUCCUAGGAGAGUAUAAAAGACCUCUGAUUAUCCUAUAUCCCCUGUUCAUCCUCUCGAUAUUGUUCACAUUCAUUCUGAAGAUAUUCAGUAUGACUUCGAUGGCAGGAGAUAUCAGAGAUCGAAAAGAUACCAAGUGGAAUUUGCUCGUUCAAGCUACUUUAUUUGAGAUCUGCCUCGAAGUUAUAGGAAUCACCCUCUUCGGACUCUGAUUUUGAUUCUAUGGCAUCCUGUACUAUAAGUACCCAGUUCUAAUAUUCAUCGGGCUUUGUCUAGUCUUCCAGACCGACCACGGUGCUCUUAUUUUUGGAUCAAAAUUCGGUAGAACUCCAAUUAACGGGUUUUACUACAACAAAACUGUGGAAGGAUGACUUGGAGGAAUAUUCUUCUGAAUACUUAAUGGACUCAUGAUGAAGAUAGAGGCAGAUUACCUCACAAAAUUUAUUUAUCCAAGCUAUCUUUCGUUUCAAGAUUACCUCUGCCUUGGGUUUGGAAUCGGAAUUCUUUCAAUUCUUGGAGAUCUUCUUGAAUCAUUCCUGAAGAGAUGAGCAGGAGUCAAAGACUCAGGAAAGCUCCUUCCAGGACAUGGAGGAAUCUUUGACAGAAUAGAUUCAGUCUUAAUGGCUGCUCCCUUCUUACUGUACUACUUCGAGAUCUACUCAGAGAUCUUAAAUGAGCAGCUGGCUGGUGUAGAAUAGCGA